AUGUCCAAUCAGAAGAGCACAGAGUCUGCCAUAAAGAAUCUUGAGGUCCAAGUGGGACAGCUUGCAAAGCAAUUGGCAGAUAGAUCAUCAAGCAGUUUUACAGCUAAUACAGAGACAAAUCCCAAGGAGGAAUGUAAAGCUGUGAUGACUAGAAGUAGAAUGGCAAUCCAAGGAGAUGAUAGUGAAGCUGGAAAGAAAAUGGAGGAACAUAAACAACAGCUGGCACCUAAGCCAACACUUGAACCUGUUUCUGAUUUUGUAGAACUUGAAGAGAUUAAUGAGGAGACUGAAGAUGACAAGGAGGAGAAGACACCAAUAAAAAUGCCACUCUAUGCCAAAUUUUUAGAAGAUAUGCUGACGAAGAAGAAUCGGUACGUCCAUAGUGAUAGAAUUGUGGUGGAAAGAAAUUGUUGUGCUGUGAUUCAAUGCAUUCUUCCGCCUAAGCACAAAGAUCAUGGAGUUGUCACAAUACCGUGUUCUAUUGGUGAGAUUGUUGUAGGAAAAGCUCUCAUAGAUUUGGGAGCUAGUAUCAAUCUAAUGCCUCUCUCCAUGUGCCAGCGACUUGGAGAGCUUGAGAUAAUGCCUACACGCAUGACUCUUCAAUUAGCAGAUCACUUCAUCACAAGACCGUAUGGAGUGAUUAAAGAUAUUUUGGUGAAGGUGAAACACCUUAUAUUCCUAUCUGAUUUUAUUGUGAUAGACAUAGAAAAGGAUGCAGAUAUUCCUCUCAUUCUUGGUCGCCCAUUCAUGUCUACUGCAAGCUGCAUAGCAGAUAUGGGAAAGAAGAUGUUACAAAUGGGCAUAGAAGAUCAAAAAAUCAGCUUUGAUCUAUUUCAUGAAGAUAAAGAGCCACCUGACCGGAAUGUCUAUUUUAAGGUUCAUGUGAUGGAAGAAAGAAGACCUGAGAAGAAGGUCUUGGAAGUGGGAGCAUUAUUGGAUCUUGGAUAA